AACUGCAUUUUAAGUAGGGUUUAGUUACACAUUUAUCAGCCUUUUGAUAAUUUGGUAACGAUAACAGAGAGAGGAAAGGACACAUUAAUACAAACAUACACAGGCCCAUUUUUAAAACAGCAACAGGAGACACAGGCUACAGCUGUACAUACUGACAAAAGAGGAGUUGUACCUUUGUUGUAGAGCUUGUUUAGAAAAGCUCCUGUUCAUGUAAUAUGUGCUUAACCAACCUAAAUGGAGAUACACACAAAGUUAUUUAGAAGAUAUCUAAAUUGUAAAGGCAUUUAGUAAACCCCACUCACAGCCUAACUGGAACAGUACGUGUGCAAUACUUUAGUGUUGAGCAGCUUUCCAGUUUUCCCCAGCUGAUCCAUGUAGGCUCUGGUAACUUUGAAAGAAUGAGCAGCUGACCAAUCAGGCAUCACGGUUAUUUUAGUCACUGCAUGCUUUUGGAGAUACAGCAGGGGGUGAUUGGCAGAGCUCUGUAUGUCUGCCACAGACUUUUGGGGCUCACCACAGCUGAUGCAUCUAAAAUAUAAACUGAAUUUACAUUUCAUUCCUCCAGCGUAAAUAAGGACAAGUAAGAGAAAAGAUGGAAGCCAGCAACAAUGAAGCAGGAAGAAAAGCAGAAGAUAAACCUCACACACUAAAUAUAAAUAUGACACCAGAUACAGAUGCACAGCUCACAGCAAAGGAUUCCCAGUUACCCGGCAUUGUCCAAGCAGGUCAGGCUGCCACUUCUUUGGAGAACAGAGUACAUAGCACAAAGAUUCAUCCUGGUCCUGUCACAGAUAUGGAAAAUACUGUUAAACCAAAACUUCAGAUAACUUUUAACACAUUUACUGUCAAGAAUGGUGAAGAUCUGAGAAUAGAGAUUCCAGUCAUUGGGCAGCCAGCACCAAAAAUUGAAUGGCAAAGAGAUGGUCAGGCAGUCAAAGAAACAUCAAGGCUAGAAGUUUCAAAUACAUCAUCAUUAACAGUUCUUCAUAUCAGACAUGGUGCUAGGGAGCACUCUGGUCAAUACUCUGUCAGUGCAAGAAACAGUGUUGGAAAAUAUACAGGAGAAAUCACUGUGGUUGUUCUUGAAAAGCCAGACCCACCCACAGGCCCUGUGAGGAUUGAUGAGGUCAGUUCUGAUUAUGUUACCAUCUCCUGGGAGCCACCAGAAUACACAGGAGGCUGUCAGCUAGACAACUACAUAGUGGAGAAACGGGAAAUUACAAGCACAGAAUGGCAGACUGUGUCAGCAACAACAGUAAGAACUACAAUCAAAGUCACCAAACUGAAGACAGGAAGUGAAUACCAAUUCAGAGUGUUUGCAGAAAAUAGGUAUGGAAAGAGUACUGCAAUCACCUCUCCUAUUGUAACUGCACAAUAUCCUUUCAGUGUGCCCACUGCUCCUGGUACUCCCUUUACUUCCACAGUGACAAAGUACAGCAUGGUGGUUGAAUGGGAGCCCCCAGCCAGAGAUGGAGGCAGCCCAAUCAUCGGCUAUCACCUUGAACGCAAAGAAAAGAACAGUAUUUUAUGGACCAAGCUGAACAAACUUGUUAUAACUGAUGCUCGUUUCAAAACAAGUGGACUUGAGCAAGGCAUUGAAUAUGAAUUCAGAGUUUUUGCUGAAAAUAUUGCUGGACUCAGCCCACCAAGCAAGACAUCUGAAUGCUAUGUGGCAAGAGAUCCAUGUGAUCCACCUGGUAAACCUGAAGCUGUUGUCAUUACUAGAGAGAACAUCACACUUCAAUGGGCAAAACCCAGGUAUGAUGGUGGAAGCACCAUUACAGGCUAUGUUGUUGAAAAGAAGGAGCUCCCAGAUGGCAGAUGGAUGAAGACAAACUUCACCAAUGUUAUUGACAAUCAGUUCACAGUCACGGGUCUGACAGGAGGCCAAAGUUAUGAGUUUAGAGUAACUGCUAAGAAUGGUGCUGGUGUUUGGAGCAUGCCUUCAGAAAGUGUAACCAUCGUCGCUCAGGAUGUUGUUGAAGGACCCACAGCAUCAAUUGAUGCCAAGUUCAAGAGCACUACUGUAGUUCAGGCUGGUGAGACAUUUAUUAUUGAUGCUGAUUACUUUGGGAAGCCUCUCCCCACAGUAACAUGGCUGAAGGAUGGAAAAGAAAUUGACAAAGUUACACCGAGAAUGGAAGUCAAAAACACCCUCACUCAUACAACUCUGACUGUAAGGGACUGUACACGAGUGGAUGGGGGACACUUUGUCUUAAGCCUCAGUAACAUUGGUGGAUCUACAUCUAUCCCAGUAAAUGUCAAGGUCCUGGAUAGACCUGGUCCUCCAGAUGGACCCCUGAGGGUGAAAGUUGUCAGCGCAGAGAAGUGCAAUCUACACUGGAACCCCCCUGUAAAUGAUGGCGGUGCCAGUGUUUCCCACUACAUCAUUGAAAAAAGGGAGACCAGCCGUGUUACUUGGACAGGGGUUGAGCCUCAUGUUGAAGCUGUCAGUUACAAAGCAACAAAACUGGUUCCCGGGAAAGAAUAUAUAUUCAGAAUUGCUGCUGUAAACAAAUUUGGUGUUGGUGAAUUUCUGGAAUCAGACCCCUUCAUUGCACAAAACCCUUUUAAAACACCUAGUGCACCUUCUACCCCUACAGCCAGCACUGUGACUGGUGAUUCUGUAGUGCUAACAUGGGAAAGGCCUGAGACUGAUGGAGGCUCAGAGAUUGACGGCUACAUCCUGGAGAAACGUGACAAAGAAGGUGUCAGGUGGACUAAAUGCAACAAGAGAAGACUAAAUGACUUACGUUUCCGAUGCACAGGGCUCGCUGAGGGACAUUACUAUCAGUUUAGAGUAAUGGCAGAGAAUGCUGCGGGUGUGGGUGCACCCAGUGACCCAAGUGAGUACAUAAAAGUAUGUGAAGCUACUUACCCACCUGGUCCUCCUACCAACCCCAAAGUGACAGACUAUUCUAGCAGUACUGUGUCUCUUACCUGGUCAAAGCCCAUCUAUGAUGGUGGAGCAGCCAUCAGUGCAUUUUUGGUUGAGAUGAAAGAAGCAGCAGAGGACAAGUGGAUCAAAUGCUCACCAAACACAGGUGUAGAGGACACAAACUACACUGUGAAGAGACUGAGAGAAAAUGCAGAGUACAACUUUCGUAUACGUGCAAUGAACAGUGCUGGAGUUGGAGAGCCUGUGGAUGUACCUGAAUCUGUGGUAGCUUCUGAAAAACUGGAGGCACCUGAGAUUGAGUUGGACACAGCCUUGAGGAAGAUUGUGAGCGUUCGAGCCUGUUCGACAUUGCGUCUCUGUGUCACCAUCAGAGGAAGGCCGGAGCCUGAGGUUAAAUGGUCAAAGGAAGGUGGCUCUCUGAGUGAACGUGCUCAAAUUGAGGUAACAAGUUCCUAUACAGUGUUACUCAUUGAGAAUGUCAACAGAAAUGACACGGGAAAAUAUGUGUUGACUGCUGAGAACUGCAGUGGUUCUAAAUCAGCAUUCAUCAAUGUUAGGGUACUGGACUCUCCAAGCGCUCCAACCAACUUGGAGGUAAAAGAUGUAAAGAGAGACUCUGUGUCCAUCUCCUGGGAGGCACCUCUCAUUGAUGGAGGAGCAAAGAUAUUGCACUACAUUGUAGAAAAGCGAGAGGAGGCUAGGAAGGCAUUCACAAGUGUUUGUAGCAACUGUGUGAGAAACUCAUACAAGACUGACAAUCUCCAGGAAGGAUGCUUCUAUUAUUUCCGUGUCCUUGCUGUGAAUGAAUUUGGCACUGGACUGCCAGCAGAGACUCCUGAGGCUAUUAAAGUCUCUGAGGCUCCUCUGCCUCCUGGCAAAAUCACAUUCAGUGAUGUUACUUGCAGUAGUGGAAGACUCUCUUGGGAGAAGCCUGACCAUGAUGGAGGAAGCAAAAUCACGUGCUAUAUUGUGGAAAUGCAGACUAAGGGAGAUGACACAUGGUCAAUAUGUUCACAGAGUAAAGCACUGGAAGUAACUAUUAAUGGCCUGGCUAAACGAAAGGAGUAUUUCUUUAGAGUCAGCGCUGUGAAUGAAAAGGGCAAAAGUGAACCCAAGUACCUUUUGGCACCUGUUACAGUAAAUGAUACUUGUGCUGAGCCCAUUAUCAAUUUGCUGUCCAACACAUUCAGUGUGAAAGCAGGAAAUGAUUUAAAGAUUGAUGUUCCAUUUAAGGGUAUGCCACUGCCAACGGCAGCUUGGAAGAAAGAUGGCAACUUGCUGAAAGAGACAAGCAGGGUAAAUGUGCACACAUCUGACACAUCAUCUCAGAUCAUUAUCAAAGACGCAACUAGAAUAGACGUUGGUGUGUAUGAGGUGACCCUGUCCAACUCAGUGGGAACCACAUCCGCUGAAAUCUCUGUUAAUGUCUUUGAAAGACCUGGACCACCAAGUGAUCUCAGUGUGGAUGAAGUGAGUGCCGACUUCAUGUCUUUGUCAUGGCAGCCACCACAUUAUACUGGUGGAUGUCAAAUCAGCAAUUAUGUUGUUGAGAAAAGAGAUACAGGCAGCACAAUAUGGCAGACCGUGUCGGCUACAGUUGCCAGAACAUCAAUCAAAAUUUCCCGUCUAACACAGUGCACUGAAUAUCAGUUUCGUGUUGCUGCAGAGAAUCGCUAUGGCAAAAGCCACUUUGUCGAGUCUGAACCUGUUGUUGCCCAGUAUCCCUUUAAUCCUCCUGGUCCACCAACGUAUCUCAGAGUUGUGAAUGUCUCAAAGUCUGCCAUGGUGAUUGCAUGGAGCAGGCCCGACAGUGAUGGUGGCAGCCCUAUUACUGGUUAUCAUGUUGAAUGCAAAGAUCAAAGCAGUAUUUUGUGGACAAAAUUAAACAAAAGCCCAGUGACUGAGAACCAGUUCAAAAUAACAAGUGUUGAAGAAGGUCUCAUAUAUGAGUUCAGGGUCUGUGCUGAGAAUAUGGCUGGUGUUGGACCAUGCAGUAAGGCAUCUGAGCCUGUGGCAGCAAGAGACCAGUGCGAUCCCCCACGCAACCUAACCAUCACCAAUAUAACUAACAGCUCAGUUUCCCUCUCAUGGGACAAACCAGAGUAUGACGGUGGAGCUAAAGUAACCGGGUACAUUGUUGAACGUAAAGAAAUGCCGGACAGCUGCUGGCUUAAGUGCAACUUCACCAACCUACAGGACACUUUCUUGGAAGUGACCGGCCUCACGGAGGGUGAACAGUAUGAUUUUCGUGUGAUAGCAAAAAAUGCAGCUGAGCUUUUCAGUGCACCCUCUGAAAACACAGGACCUGUUACAGUACAGCACGACGUAGAGCCACCCAGAAUUGUCUUGGAGGACAAAUUUAGACAGGUGGUGGUUGUCAAAGCAGGAGACUUCUUAAAAAUAGAUGCUGACAUCUCCGGCCGCCCCAACCCCACAGUGUUUUGGUUGAAGAAUGGUAGACAUAUUGGCACCAAGGGAAGGGUUGAGGUUGCUACAACAAAGACACAUACUUCUCUUCUCAUCAGAGAAAGUGUUAGGAAAGACUCUGGACAGUAUACACUGACCCUACAGAAUACAGGUGGUACCACAUCUAAGGUUGUCACAUGCAAGGUCCUGGACAGGCCAGGCCCACCUGCUGGACCCCUGGAAGUGUCUGGACUCUCAGCAGAGAAAUGCACCCUGACAUGGGGACCCCCUCAUGAGAAUGGUGGUGCUGAGAUUAUGCACUACAUUGUUGAGAAGUGCGAAACCAGCCGUGUAGCUUGGAUCCUUGUGUAUGGAGACAUGAUGACAACUACUUGCAAAAUAACAAAGCUGCUCAAAGGAAAUGAAUACCUGUUUAGGAUAAGGGCAGUGAACAAGUAUGGGGAGGGUGAGCCUUUGGAAAGUGAGCCUAUUAAGGCCAUGGAUCCCUUUACUGUCCCCUCUCCACCAAUGGAUGUCGAGGUCACAAGUGCAACUAGUGACGCCAUGACUAUUUGCUGGAAGAGACCUGCCACUGAUGGUGGCAGCCGCAUCAGUGGUUACAUUAUAGAGAAGAGGGAGAAGCAGGGUGUUCGCUGGGUUCGUGUCAAUAAGAAACCAGUCUAUGACCUUCGAGUUAAAGCGUCCUGCCUGCGCGAGGGAUGUGAAUAUGAAUUCAGGGUUUUUGCUGAAAAUGCUGCUGGGCUAAGUGAACCUAGUCUCCCAUGCCCACUCACUCUAGCAGAGGAUCCAAAAUUUCUACCUUCCCCUCCAGCAAAACCUGCCAUAGUCGAUUCAUCAAGGUCCUCCAUCACUCUGUCAUGGAACAAGCCACUGUUUGAUGGUGGAGCAUCAGUCACUGGAUACAAAGUUGAAUUCAGAAAAUUAACAGACGAAGAGUGGACUGUUGCUGUCCAUAACACAGACAAAACAGAGUUUACAGUUACUGGACUCACAUCAGGAAUGGAAUAUGUAUUUAUUGUCAGAUCCAUAAAUAAGAUUGGUAUCAGUGAGUCCAGUCCUGAAACAGAUCCACAAGUAGCCAUAGAGAGGGAGGAGGAACCCAAGUUUGACAUUACCACAGAGAUGAGGAAGACCCUGCUUGUUAAAGAUGGCAGCUCCUUCACUUUGACUGUGCCUUUCACAGGCAAACCUGUUCCCUGUGUGACAUGGGACAAAGCAGAUGUAGAUCUGAGAGUCAGAGGACUGAUCAACACCAGCAACUCUGUCACCUCUUUAACAGUGGAACAGGCAACACGUGAUGAUUCUGGCAAAUACACAGUCAAACUGCAAAACAUUGCUGGAUCUGCCUCUUUGAUGCUGAAUGUGAGGGUUUUGGAUUCACCUGGUCCACCAACACAUAUAGCAGUUAAAGAUGUGACCAAAAACUCUGCCACCAUUUCCUGGGACAUCCCUGAGAAUGAGGGAGGAGCCCCAGUAAAAAAGUAUCUUGUAGAUAUACGAGACAUUAGCAGAAAAGGGUGGACAAGGCUCACGGACAAAUGCCGCCGACUGUCCUACAAGGUGUCUGACCUGCAAGAGGGAGGAAUCUACUUCUUCAGAGUGACUGCUGAAAAUGAGUACGGGAUCGGUGUUCCAGCUGAGACCAAGGAGGGCACAAAAAUGAUAGAUACAGCAGACUGGGAGACAAAUUCAGGAGCUUAGCUUGUCUCCUUUCCAGGGUUGAAGUAAUCAUCUGUUGAUCUUCCCGUCAACAUCAUCUUCACCCAGUGUUGUUUAG